AUGACUUCCCAACAAGUUCUCCUCAUCGGCGCCACCGGCAGCCUCGGGCGCCAGCUGAUCCGGGCGGCCUCCUCGUCAAGCGGUGUGACUCUGCACGCUUUCUGCCGCACACCGUCCAAGUUAUCUGCGAGUGACGCGUCAUCUUGCGCCUCUAUCGUUCGCGGCGACGCGCGGUCCUCUAGCGACGUGCGGCGCGCGCUGGUGUCGACGAAGGCGUCAGUGGCGAUCAUGUGCAUCGGCGAGGGCACAAGCACGGCGCCGACGGACGUGCGCGAGGCCACGGCCAAGGCGCUGAUGGACGUGAUCGAGCCCGGGCAAGACUUGGACCACGUCAAGGUGAUGGUCGUGUCGAGCACAGGGGCGGGUGGUACCAAGAUCGACAUCGGCUUCGGUAUCGGGAUGGUGGUGGCGUACGUGCUCAGGCAUGUAAUGAAGGAUCAUACUGAGCAAGAACGGGUGUUUAAGCAGAGGAUUGGGGAUAAGAGUAGGAUGCUGAUUGUCAGGCCGACGGGGCUGACGGAUGGGAAAGCGACCGGGCACACGACGACAUUUGAGAAGCACAGCAAACCGCCGACGGUACAUAUUGAUCGCGAGGAUCUUGCGAAAUUUAUGGUGGGGGAGAUUAACAGGGGGGCUAAGGCGUAUGGAAAAGAAAUUUCGGUGACUGGUGUGAAGAAAUAG